AUCUCAUUUUUAGAACAUCAAAAAAUUGAAAGAAAAAUUUACGGAAAAAUAUCAAAAUGCGUGUUUCUAUGCUCCGUAACAUUAAGUUUGCACCUAGUGUGAAAGAAUUUAGACUUCAUUUAUGCCAAUCAAGUGCAGAAUCGAAAGGAGCAAGAGAUUUUGUGGAAAAAUUUUAUGUCAACAUGAAACGCGAAAAUCCACAACUUCCCAUCUUAAUCAGGGAAUGCAGCGGUGUGCAGCCACGGUUAUGGACCAGAUUCGAACAAGGCAAAGAGAAGUCGGUGCCACUAACAAACGUUUCUGCUGAUGAAAUCUUGAAAUUAGUGGAGAGUACAAAAUAAAUAAUAUGUAGAAAAAUGUAAUUCUUAAAUCAGUGAAUAAAAAAUAAAUGUGAAAUAAAAAUAAGAACACUGGA